GGCUGGCGAGGGCCACGCGCUGGGCCAGAGGCUCAGUCCCCACCUGGGGCUCCUGCGUGGGGCGCCGGCAGCGCUGCCGGCACAGCCACCGCCUCCCAGUGCCACGGGGCCAAUUGCAACGUGCCGCUCUCUGCCACCAUGGGACGGCGGCCUGGAGAGGGGGAAGCGGUGACAGGCCAGAGAAUGACACCAAACCCGUAGGGCCAAGGCGAAUAAGAAAGGACGUGCCAGAGGAAGUGCUUUUGCAUGGUGGCCACGGCCAGAGCCACAGCACAGCUCAGUGCCUGAGCUCAUGGAGCCACAGCACAGCUCAGUGCCUGAGCUCACGGCUGGGGCACAGACAUGAGGUUUGGAACGCUCCGGUUGAAGACAUCUCUGCUGCAACCCGUUAAUCUGCCCGCUGGCAUCUGGUGGGGGAAACAGGUUCAGGCCGCUGACACGGCCAUCGCCUGCAGUCCCUGGAAAUGGGGCAAUGGCUGGGGAGGUGCCCCCGGGGCUCCUUCCUGCUGUGAGCCACAGAUAACAGCACCCACAGCAGGGCCAGCCUCCCGAGCCAGGGCCUUUCAGAGCCAGUUUUGCUAUUUCUGCCAUGGUGCCGUCAUCUCCAGGCUUCCAGUGCCAGCAGCCCUUCCGCCCCAAGCUGUGCUGUGCUCAGAGCUGGCUGCAAACGUCCCUCACCCAACCCAGGGGGAAAGCUGUGGCCCCUCAGCUUCACUGGUCAUGCCAGCCUUGGCAAAACCCGAGGAGCAGCUCGAGCCUGGCAGUGCCCGUGGUGGGCAUGGCCCAGGGCAGGGCUGCAUGGGUGGCAGGGGAGCCCUGGCACUGCUGCAGCAGCAAUGCUGUCUGGCUCCCGCUCCGGAGCAGGAGGGCUGGUUCCUGCAGGGCACGGAGCUGCCUCUGGGGAGCUGCUCCCUGCACUGCCCGAGCUCCAGGGUGUGCUGGAGGUGCAAUACACGGGUAAAGCAGCCUGGCAGCGCCGCCGGGAGGCUCUGCAGCCAGAGCCAGUGUGGCCAUGGACAGGAUUUCCUGUCACAUCUUUCUGCCUCUCCACCAGUGUCCCCCAACACUUCUGCCUUGCAUCAGAGCACUGGUGGGUUCACCAUCCCACUCUGCAGGAUAUUGCAGGAGUUAAGGGAACUUCCACAAGCCUCUGCCUGUCUUGUGGCACAUACCAGCCAACCCUGGCCUGGCACAGCCCCAGCCCAGCCACAGCACCAGCACCAAAGUGGCAGGAGCAGGUCUCCGUCUGCAUGGCUUCCUCACCAAGGCCACUGCAAGAACUGCCCUGUGGUGAAGACAACAAACCUUGAGUUCUCAUUUCAAUCACUAAUAAAUAACAAAAUCAAUUGCAGAGUGUAAAUUAUAU